AAUAUAUUUUUAAGAGUUGGGAGGUCUCACUUGUUGUCAGUUAGGUCUACUUUCAGCUAUCCUCUUCUUCGCCUCUUCCUUCCUUCCCUCACCCUCAUCACCCCUCAUCCCUUCCUUUCUUGCUCAUUCAGAUUCCAUUCUUAUUCAUUAUUCUUAUUUUAUUCGUCCCUCUCUCGCUUGGUCCCUCUCAGCCCUCACGCCUGUCUAUCAACACCAAGUCGCAACGAGUGCCUAGACCCACUUGAUCAUGUACUGGCGAUUUGGACAUCAGAAUGCCUCAGUAAUCGACCAUCUGCUCGAGAGCGGCAAUGUCUCGCUCGAGGAACUGCUCGAGCAAGAUGACCUGAUCCAGGAGUGCAAGGCACAGAACCCAAAACUCAUUGAAUACCUGCGUGACCCGAAGGUCCUUCAACAGCUGCUGAGUUAUAUCACGAGCGAUGACCUUGAAGAUCGUGCACGGUUCAAAUACCCUUUUAUUGCCUGCGAAGUCAUUGCCUGCGAGGUCUGGGGGAUUUUUGAAUCGGCUCUAUCCAACAUUGAUAUACUUGUCAAGUUUUGGGAGUUUCUGGAUCGACCCCCUCCCUUGAACCCGGUCCAGGCCAGCUACUUUGCCAAAGUCAUUGGCGUGUUUUUGAUGAAGAAGACGAGCGAGAUGCUGGAAUUCAUCAAGUCGCAACCUGAGGUGGUACCAAAACUAUUGCUUCACAUGUCCACAUCUGCAAUCAUGGAUCUACUGCUCAAAAUUAUCAGUAUGGAGGAAUCACCCGAGGGCAAAGGAACUGUUCAGUGGUUAAGCGAACAAGGGCUCAUGCCAUGGCUCGUGAAUCGAUUGGACCCCAACUUUGAUACAGAGGUGCAUUCGAUUGCUUCGCAAGUCCUGCUGGAUAUUAUCGCCAUUUCACAGUCCUCACAUCCUGAGCAGCCUUCAAUUGGAACCAACGUGCUGAUUGACGAGCUGAAAAGCGAGGUACUCGUUUCUCAGCUCGUUGGAUUUAUGCUCGACAGGGAUGCACCUUAUUCUUCUUCCACCCUUAUCAGCGGUGUUACCAUCUUCAUCGAGCUCAUCCGGAGAAACAACAGUGAUUAUGACGUCGAGCCCCUUCCUCCAGGUUCUACAGAGCCUGUGCGCGAAGCAGUGGAUCUCAGUGACUUGCUCAAGGUCUUGGCCUCAAGGAUUGAAGACUUCAAGAACUUGCUCAAUGUACCGCGGUCAGUUACGGGGCCGAUUGACACCUCAAUCGGAAAACAAACACCUCUUGGUUUUGAGAGAUUGAAAAUCUGCGAGCUGUUUGCAGAAUUGCUUCAUUGUUCCAAUAUGGCUGUGUUGAACUCGAGGCCUAUCAUUUCUGUUUCGCCUGAUGGAACUGUCAAGGUCCCGACCGUUUCAAUCAACUGUGUGGCACAGGAGCCUACGGAGGGAUUGAAUGGAAAGAUGGUCGAUACGGAUGAGAAGGAGAACGGCAAAGUCGAACAGAACCGUGGUCGCAUGUCCGCUGAGACUCAAAACGGCACUUCCACACUAACAGGAUCAUCUGGCAAUGACUUGGCAGCCACAAAUGGAGAUCUGGCAACGCCCAUGGCCUCACCGCCACUUCGGCCUGCGACAGCAACCCUAACUAGUUCGACCAUCGCCGCGCUCACGACCAACCAUACCCAGGACGACGUGUUGAUUCCAGUGGGCGAUUUCUUGAAGCUUCAGUUCGUGGAUUAUCGCAUCAUUCCGACCUGUUUCGACUUGUUUUUCCAGUUUCCCUGGAACAACUUCUUGCACACCGUGGUUUAUGACAUGGUACACCAGGUGUUUCAUCGACCCAUGGGUGAUAUUGGACGACCAGAUGUUGAUGGAAGUUACAUACCACCAAAAUCGGACGUGGACAUCACAGAAGGAUGGAAUAGGAGGCUUACAAUCUCGAUCUUCAAAGAUGGCCAGCUCACUAAGCGAAUCACCGAUGCCCAGCGGCUCAAUGACUACGAAUGUGCUCAACCAAAGGGUGUUCGUCUUGGAUACAUGGGACACUUGACUUAUAUCGCGGACGAGACCGUCAAGCUGCUAGAGCUGUACUCGCAAACGACUCUGUUUCCCACUUUGUACGAGUACAUCGAUUUGGAGGAUUGGUGGAACUACGUCUCAAAAAUCCUCAAGGAAACCAAGGAGCGCGACGCACAAGUCCUAGGAGGCACUCGUCCUAACGUGAUUGAGAGUCACAAGUCUGGCCUUGAUGACGGGAAUGAUGAUGACUAUAUGGAUGACAACGAUGAUGAAUACGGCAGUGGAAAUGACUUCUUGGGUGGUGGCAGUGGUACUGGCCAUGAAGGCGAUGUUGCCAGUGAUCAGUUUGCACGAUAUCUCUGCCAGCAGAUUACCAACAAUCUGCCUGACAAGUUUGGAUCGUCCGAUGAGGACGAGGAUGACGAGGACGGCAACUGGAUCGGAGAGUAUGGUGCCGAAAACGAAUUUGAUAUGCGCCGCACCGGAGCCCCCGAUGUUAUGGGCGAUCCGUUCGGAACCAGCCAUGGUAUGGUCUUUGACAGCGACGACGAGGAGGGCGUCGAUGAAGAGACCUGGAAUGCACCUUGGCCAAACAUGAUUGCUGAGAAUAAGACAGCCGAGCAAAGUUCAGCGACACAGCUCAGUGCGAAUUUGACGGAGUCAUCUGAGAGAUCGCAGAGUGAUUCAGCCGGUAUGAAGAUGGCUCCUCCUCCUGAUGAGGAGAGUAAUGAGAAGGACAUUGCUACCGCUUUACCGGAUGUCGGCACAGCACCGGAAGAAUCUAGACAGGAUACGAAGGGAUCCGCUGUUGCUAUCCCUGCGACUCAACACCCAACAAGCACCACGCCACCGCUCACUACCGCAAAUAGCGCCGCAACUACAACAGACAAACAGGAUACCCAUGACCAUGGCGAACCGAGCGAAAUCACGGUGCUUGUCUCGUCAUCUUCAACCUCAAGCCCUGCUGCUGUGAAUGAAGUUGAAGGCAAUGUCUUGACGCAGGAUGUCCAACAAAUCCAGAUGCCCUAUACUGAGGUAUCAGCGAGAGGUUCUAACAGCCUGGACCUGCAGCCUGUUGCUCUUGCACCCGAAGUUCAGGAAACGCCCGUUAUCAAGGGAACUUUGGGAGAGGAAGACAAGGAUUCGUCAACUUCCACGGUGUCCUCAGCACCAUUACUUUCCUCGGACAGCAGCAGCGCAAAUUCAAUAUCUUCCACUGCUGUUGAACCGCCAUCGACCCCUGCCUCGUCUUUGUCAUCUGCGGAUCUUUUCUCAGCACAUGAGCCGGAGUCAGUGCCCGUGGAGAUGGAGGUCGUUCACCUGGCGAACCCUAGUGAACCAAAACUUGUGAAAACCUCCUCGGUCGACAGUGCGCCUCAGAGCCAGAGUAAUCUGGAAAUUGAUACGAGGAAUGUCAAAGACGACAACGAGGUGACAAAGGUUCAAGAGAGAGUCGGGGCGCUAGACCUUGAGAAGCGAGGAUAAUCAUGGAGGACAUCGUCUGUUAAAUUUGUCAUCAUUAAUUCAAGCGCCCAUUGCAUUGAUCAAAAAGAACUAAAUACUGAAGCCAUAACGCCAAUAUAUUGCUAAAACAUUUGCACAU